AUGACGUGCCGCACGAUCAGUUUAGACCGUUGUUACUUCAGCACAUUUCUCUUUCUUCUCCUCCUCCUCAACACUUCCUAUGCGCAACUCGAAUCGCAAGAUCCCUUCACGUCGCUACCCAACGACACAGGCGAGCUGGUUCAAGGCAGCGCGCCGUCUAUGUCCGCCUCGGAUUUCCUCGCCGCCGCGAAUCAGAUCACGACGGAUAAAAUCCAGUCGAUCCGCAUGCGAAUCUACCAGCAAUUUGUCCAGAAUCUCGCCAUGAAAGGCGCGAGCACGGCCGCGCUAGGCGAAAUCGUCGACCUGCCGCAACCGCCAUUCACCAACAUGACUCUCCAGCUCGUGAAGCUCAAGCUCUCUUCGCUCGUCGCCAACGGGUUUCUUUUCCACGAGUUUUUCAUUCCGCCGGGAAUCCAGGUCUCUACGAACCCAGAGCUCGUCGUUUUGUUGUAUAACCAGAUUCCUGUCACCUUCGCGCCGUACAGACCGCCGACUGGUUACUCCUAUUCGCCGUAUUUCGCCGGGGUUGACAUCCUUCCGUUCGUUAACGACACGACGAAGGCUCCGGGCCCGCUGCUUGUGCGAACGAGCCCGUCGUUACCAAUUACUGUUACAUUUCCGUACGACGACUCUCAGCCUGGAUACGUUCAGUGCACUACUUUCGGCCUGCUCGGCGCGCUUAUCCCUCUCAACCAAUCACAGGACAGCACGCCCACGCGGGUUAUAUGCGAGAGCGUCACCCUUGGAGAAUUUACCCUCACGAUCGGCUCCAACCCAUUCCCUUCUCCGCCGCCCCCCCCGCCGUCCCCUCCGCCCCCCCCGUCCCCGCCAACUCCGCCAACCCCCACUCCGCCUUCUCCGCCCGUAAGCACCCCCGCCGACAAGGGCGGAUCAAGCGGGCUGACGAUUGGGCUAGCGAUCGGGCUCGCGAUUCCGAUUAUCCUCCUGCUCGUGCUGGGCGCGUGGCUGAUCUGGCAGCUGCUGCAGCGCGGGCGCUACGAGAAGAUGGAGCUGGCGGCGGAGCGCGCCGCGAACCUCGAGACUGCGCUCAUCGCGGGGCAGCGCGCGCCGUCCGCGCCCGCCGUGCGCACCAGGGGGGCGCUGGAGGACGAGGCGUGA